AUGGCCAUGUCCCAACUACCGACAUGGCCAUGCCCCGGCUACCACAUGGCCAUGUGUCCGUCAAAACUCGGUUGGGCUCCGAGCCCAAACCGCAAAAGCACCCUCCACAUGACCAUGCGCCCGGGCACAUGGCCAUGCGUCACUCGUGUGAGGACAGCGAGUAACCUCUGGACUGAUUGUCCAAGGUCCCAGGCCUUUGCGGAGAUCGAAAAUGCUUUUCUGCUGUGUCACCCUCAUUGCGAGUUCUCUAAGCUCGGAUCCCUAUCGGCAGCGGCGGCGGCGGCGUCGUCGUCUCCGGUGGAGGAGCUCUCGGCGGCAGAGGAGUGGCUGAGGAAGCUCUCGGCGGCGGCAUCUAGGGUUCCGGCGGAGCCACGACGACCGCGCCGUUACUCAUCGAUUUUUACCUGUUUGAUCUUUCCCAGGAUUUUUUUGAGUUGCUUUAGCCCACUUUGGGUUGCAUUUGCAAUUCUGAUCGGAGGGUUCUUGUUGGACGUACUAAUUUCUGUUUCUCUUGUUUCUGCACUGCCUGUGGACAUCAUCAUAGCCGAUCCCACUCCCCCGCACCCCUCCCCUGCGUCGAUCGACCCCUUCUCUCCCUCACCCCCUUAUCUCCGAGCUCGAGCUCUCCCCCUCCGCGUGAGCUCGAGCUCUCGCUCUCUCCUUCACCUCUACUCAUCCCCUCCUCCCUCUUCCUCCGCGUCCUCUCCAAGCUCCGAUCCCAGUCCCAAAUCGCCCUCGCAUUCGCCCCGAUCUUCUCGGCCCCGUGUGCACCGGUGCAACAUCGCCGUCGACCACUUCGCCGUCGCUGACGAGGUCUACGAUCUCCAGUUCUUCGAGGAGAUCCAUCGCAUUAGGUUCUGGCUCUCAAUGGAUCUUAUCAUGGCGAUACUCUUGGUGCUAUGGAAGCUCAAGCUCCGUCCUCCUAUACAACUUUUCUUCAACAGCCAUGAAGCAGAAAACUGGAGAGGAAUCUGAUAAAGCUCUGGAACCGAAAGUCAUUCGCCAGGUCCCUCAAAACCGUCCUGUUUCAGAUAGUGGCAAAAGUAAACCAAAGCUAUCAAAAAAUAUUUUAGCAGGGGUAUUCAGCAGUUCCUGAUAACAUUUUCUAGUAAUUUCGAAAACAUACUAGAGUAAUCAAUUUUGAGGAGGAUAACAUCCUGGUUUCUGAGAUCAGCUGGAGCUGCGGAAAUUGAAGUGGGAAGCAAGACAUGCGGUGUUUGUUAUUUUUUUGCUACAUUUUGAACAAGUAUUUUUUGUUAGAACUUAUGUUUGAAAUUUAAUUUGAAUUCUGAGAUUGUAAUUUGAGAGUUGAGACUAUUUGUUAUACAAAUUA